UCGGGUUCUGGGAUAUUAUAUAAUUUAUGUACAGUAAAAAAAUCUAAAUACAAAAAGACAUAGAUCUGUAUUAGUGGGUAGUCAAUUAAUCAAUCAAGCUCACAUUUUUCUGCUAGUUUGUAUUAUAUCCUUUAAUGGGAGCGCUUUUUCAAAUCUUGUUGUUUUUGGUAUAAAGAGAUAAAAAAUUUCAUCUGGGUUUGAUUCAUUUGAGUGACAUUCAUUCACGGAAGCGAAAGGACAAAACUUUACUUCUGGGUUCUACCGACAAGAGCUGUCUUUCACCAUCUCUGUGUUGAAACUUCUCCGAAGUGUAAAGCAUGAUUCGAGCAAGGAAUGGGUCAAUGAUACCAGUUCUGGGGUUCGUGAUAUGUGCAGCUUUCAUCUACCUCUCAUUCAGGGACUUGUGGCUCAAUCACAAGUGGAGAACCGAGAUAGGGUUUGUGAAACGGAACGGAACUCAGUUCGUGGUGGACGACAAGGCUCUGUAUGUGAAUGGGUGGAACUCGUAUUGGUUCAUGGACCAUGCUGUGAAUGAACACAGUAGAUACCUUGUGAGUGAAAUGCUCGAAACUGGUGCCAAGAUGGGUCUCACUGUUUGUAGAACUUGGGCCUUCAAUGACGGUGGUUACAAUGCUCUCCAGAUCUCUCCUGGCCGGUUUGAUGAGCGAGUCUUCAAGGCCUUGGAUCAUGUGAUUGCAGAGGCGAAGAAGCAUGAUGUUAGAUUGCUUCUUUGCUUAGUGAACAACUUGCAAGCGUAUGGAGGGAAGUCACAGUAUGUGCAAUGGGCGUGGCAAGAAGGUGUUGGUCUCAGCUCCUCUAAUGAUUCCUUCUUCUUUGACCCUUCUAUCCGCAAAUACUUCAAGAACUACCUCACGGCUCUGCUAACACGCAAGAACUCAGUAACUGGAAUAGAGUACAGAAACGACCCAACGAUUUUCGCUUGGGAGUUGAUAAACGAGCCUAGAUGCUCUUCUGAUGUCUCUGGCGACACUCUCCAAGAGUGGAUAGAUGAAAUGACAAGCUUCAUAAAAUCAAUCGAUGACAAGCAUCUCCUCACAGUUGGUCUUGAAGGCUUCUAUGGUCCCAAUAGCCCCAAACGGCUGACAGUUAAUCCAGAACAGUGGCCAUCUGAGCUUGGAACAGACUUUGUUCGAAACUCAAACUCCUCAAACAUAGACUUUGCAUCAGUUCACAUCUACCCUGAUCACUGGUUUCAUAAUCAAACCUUUGAAGAGAAGUUAAAAUUCGUGGUGAAAUGGAUGCAAUCUCACAUAGAAGACGGGAUGAAAGAACUCAACAAGCCAGUUCUAUUCACGGAGUUUGGACUCUCGAACUUGAACAAAGACUACGAGCCAUCACAGAGAGAACGUUUCUACAGAACAAUCUUCGAUUUGGUAUACAAAUCAGCAAAGAGAAAGAAGGCAGGAGCAGGGACAUUAGUGUGGCAGCUGUUCAUGGAAGGCAUGGAAGGUUUCAACGACGAGUUUGGGAUUGUUCCACACGAAGAAGAUCCCGUGUAUAAAUUAAUGAUCGAACAGUCUUGUAGGUUGGGUCGUGUCACAGGACGUCGUGAGGAACGUAAAUUGAGAAAAAUAUGUUCGAAAAGACAUUGAAAGAGAGAGAGAGAAUCAUAUGUACACUGAGUUGUUUUUUGUAUAACAGUGAGCUCUGAUUCUAGUUUUGAUCCAACUCUUAUAUUCAAAAUUACUUAGCUCAAGUUCAUAGAGUAAUUCAUAUGAUACAUUCAAAGGAAAACAAAAGAGAGAAUCAUAUUUAUAACUAAGAUCUUAAAUCUAAACCCUAGAAAACUAAUUCAAACUACGCUUUGCUAAUCUUGGAGACGACCUCUUUGAGCUUCUCUCUUCAACCUUUUGUGUCUUCUUCAUCUCCUUAACCAAGGAGGCCGUUUCAAUCGGUUUCUUCUUAAUGGUUUUAAACUUGCUCUCUUCAGCGACUCUAUCAAAGUCAUCAGAGAGUUUCCUCCUGAUGCUAGCCACACAGAUCUCUUCUUCUUCUUCAUCAGCAUCGUCGUUGAGAUCUAUGAACCUCCUUCGUUUCACAGCAACAGGAGCAGCAGGGGGAGAAUCAAAACCAGAUCUCUUCUUCACCGGACUGGAUUUCUCGAGCUGAGCGCGUAGCUUAUCGACGUUUCCUUCGAUUCGGCCCUGGAGACGGAGACGCGUGAAGUUGAGACCGCCCAUGGACCAGUGGGCUUCUCUGGCCCAUGAGAGGAGAGGAUCGAGUACAGAGAGCGGUGGAUCUACGCGGUGAGUGUUGAACUUAGGGUUAUCGAAGAAGCGAGGACGGGGGAGUCCGUUUCCGUAGAACUCGACGGGCCUUAUGGCGGAGUUUUUCUUCACCGGCGUCAUCAUUGUGUUGUAAUUAAGGAAGGAGACAAAGAGAGAGUUUAUAGAUGGGAGAAGGAUGAGUGAUUGGAGAUUGAGAGGAUUAGAGGAUGGAGUUAUAUAGACGAACAUCUUGGCGGUUAAGGUUAUUGGCGCGAGUCUCUACCGCGCGCGCUCCGUGAAAUUUCCUUUUCUUUUUUUCAGCGCUCCUUGAAAUUUCCUUCUUUUUUUUUGGCGCCUCCUCAAGUUUUGCUUCCGCGCAAUUUUAAUUUCCUUUUUUGAGUAUUUGGCACGUUUUAUAUAGAGAAAUAGGAUUGUGUUUCUUAACUAUCAUGAAUAUGUUACUUAUUUAUUUUCGUACUAAUUUUUCAUAUAUGAUUAUGUGGUAUGAUAACAAAUAAAAGUAGACCAAGAUUGCCAAAAAAAUAAAAAUAGACAAAUAUUUUGGUAAGAAUACCAAAACGUAACAGUUUCGUACAUGCUAAAAUUAAGAAGCUUGUCAUCCAUGAAUCUAUCUAUACAGAAGGGUCCAUAUAAAAGAAGUCGACGAUCCAAUACAAACGAAGUAGAGAAACUCCCUCAUACACACAGAAACAUAAAAAAAAAAAAAAAAGAUACACAACAGACCCAGUCUAUUGGGCCCAAUAAAACUAGGGCCUAUAGCGUAAGAGACGUAAGCCUUGAUAACAAUUUUUAUUGUCAAGUAGAGGAGCCACAAUGGCUUCACCACCCUCUGGGAGGCCCACCUGAGGACUGCCCGCUCAGUCUGUCAAGGAGGGCGUUAAAGUCUAUAGCUUGACCACUCUCCUCCAUCCGCUGAAUCACCGCCAUCACGUGGUCUCCUCUGAAACCCAUGCUCACUAGCUUCUCUAUCAGUUCACCGUAUUUUGAUCUUAACACAGGAGGUGGUGUCCCACUGUUUCCACCACCUGCCUGGUGCUGCUGAGGAGCGUACCCACCACCACCUUGUGGACCUUGCAUGUAAUGGGCUUGCUGCUGGUGAUGUGGCUGAGGUGGUGGAUAUUGCAUCCUCCCACCUUCAUACAUGGUAUUGGCAUACCCAGGAGGAGGAGGCCCUGAAGGUAGAUACCCAUCGCCUGUCUGGGGGUUAUAAGACAUCUUUGUCUGCUGUGGAGCCUGUGGUGGUGGUGGUGGUGCACCGUAACCGUAAGCUUGCAUGGAUUGUUGAGGAGGUCCCGCGUAUGGUGACUGCAUCUGCAUGCUGCUUGGCAACGGUUCUACUGGAGACUGGUUGCUUGGUGGCGCAAGCGAGUAUGUUGGGUAGGCUCCACUGGACUGUGGCCUGCCCUGUGGCUGCGGAGGCCAGUUUUGCUGGUACUGUGGGAAUGACUGAGUCUGAGCUGAGCUUGGGUGAGAUGGAGCAGGAGGUUGGGGCAUGAACUGAGCCGGCG